AUGGUGAUCAGCUCCAUUGCCUCAGGGCUCUCUUUUGGAUCCACACCAAAUGGUGCGAUGGCAACGCUUUGUUUCUUUCAAUUUUGGCUUGGUUUCGGCAUUGGCGGUGACUAUCCCCUUUCAGCUACAAUCAUGUCUGAGUAUGCUAACAAAAAGACUCGUGGGGCUUUCAUAGCGGCUGUUUUUGCCAUGCAAGGAUUUGGAAUUUUGACGGCUGGGAUUGUUUCUAUAAUUGUUUCAAGCGCAUUUGAUCAUGCAUACAAGGCUCCUCCUUACUCAGUUGAUCCAAAAGCUUCUCUUGUUCCUCAAGCUGAUUACGUUUGGCGCAUCAUUUUGAUGUUUGGAGCCCUCCCUGCUGCUCUUGCUACUGGCGAAGCAGCAGUAGACAUGUCUAAAGAGGGCAACGUCGAGGAGAAAGAAUUUGCACAUCGGCACGGACUUCACUUGCUUGGUACCACCACUACUUGGUUCUUACUUGACAUUGCCUACUACAGCCAAAAUCUUUUCCAAAAGGAUAUAUUCAGUGCAAUUGGGUGGAUUCCAGCAGCAGAAACCAUGAAUUCCAUUGAAGAGCUCUAUACAAUUGCAAGGGCACAAACACUUAUAGCGUUGUGCAGUCUUGUUCCGGGUUACCGGUUCACAGUGGCAUUCAUCGAUCGUAUUGGAAGGUUUCCAAUCCAAUUAAUGGGUUUCUUUUUCAUGACAGUAUUCAUGUUUGCCCUUGCAAUUCCUUACCAUCAUUGGACAUUGAAGCCUAACAGAAUUGGGUUUGUGGUAUUGUACUCACUCACAUUUUUCUUCUCCAAUUUUGGACCCAAUGCCACCACCUUUGUUGUGCCAGCAGAAAUCUUCCCUGCAAGGCUGAGGUCUACUUGUCAUGGAAUAUCAGCGGCUGCAGGUAAGGCUGGAGCUAUAGUAGGUGGCUUCGGGUUCUCAUACACUGCACAAAGCACAAACCUGGCAAAAACGGACCCUGGAUACCCACCAGGUAUUGGUAUGAAGAAUUCUCUAAUUAUGCUUGGCACCAUCAACUUCUUCGGCAUGUUGUUUACUCUGUUAUUGCCUGAAUCAAAGGGAAAAACACUGGAGGAGUUGAGUGGUGAGAAUGAGGAGUGA